AUGGAAUACCAUCACACGCCCUUCGCCCUUGUUGUAGGCGACUUGUUAUUCCUCCCAUCGCCCAGCUCUCGCAACGUCGCCUCAUAUCGCGCCUUAUUCAGUAAACUACACGCCGACAUCGACUUCUGCCAGACAGCCUUUGGAGACCACUUCCCACCGCGGACAUGGACCGACGACGAAGUCAAGGAGAUUGGUGACCGUGAUACCAAGCUGCGAUGGCAAGUCCGCGGCAUGGGCGACUUUGCGCUCGCCGACAUCCCGUCCGUCUACAAAUUUCUAGUAGACGACUUGCGGCCUGGGUGGCGCAAGUUGAGCGAGAAUGAGGUAGUGGAUACUUGUGUCGUCGAGGGCGAGGAGCUGGCCAAGCUGGAGGCCAUGGACGAGGGCAAGUUCCUCGAGAACCUCCGCUGGCUGGGCUACGUGUGUGUGCGGGAUGCGACAACAUGCACGGGCGAACCCAUGAAGGGCGAUAACUUGCCGCCGUGGCAGGAGAUGAUUGAGCUGCGGUACGGACUCAGCGCCGAGAGCAGAGGCCGUGGCGUGGUGACGCGCGGCAUGACGGCUGUGAUGUAUUGGGCAGUAAAGGAAAGGGGUGCGAGGAGGUUUAUUGCCGAGUCGAUGAAGCACAAUGAAAAGAGCGGUAAUGUGCUGCGUAGACUUGGCUUGACGGUUUCUGAUACAAAGUAUUGGGAGUACGAUGAGUUGGAGUGGCAGAGCCCGGUGUUUGAGAAUGGCGAGGAGCUACGGAAUCAUAUUGGGCGUUAUUUGUCCUCUACAAAAAGCUAG